CCUGCUACCUGAUUUCAAACUUUGUAGUACUGGACUACUAGUUACCUUUAAAAUGCUAAUCAAUCUGACUUCCGCGAAUUUCAUUUAGAAUUACUGGUUGUUCGCCUGCAAACCUUUGCAACGAAAAUGUGGUGGUGAUAAGGGGAGCCUAGAGAGUACGUACUCAUCGCUCAUCUGGAUUGCAGAAACCCCUGACAUUUUAUCUACGAUCGCAGCAUGUCCUUAGUAACUUCUGUGGCGAUCGCUGCUGCCGCUAUGGUUGCGUGAAAUUCGGUGAUCAUGGCUUCCUCUUGUCCUCUUUCUCUUUUUGGCUGCGAACCCAAGGAAUGGGCUGCGCUGGAACCCGAGGACUCUUUCCUCAUGUUUCUUGUGAAGAAAUUGAAUUCGGAACCUGAUGAUCUUUAUGUGCAUAUGCCACUUGUUGAGCACAGCUCUGUUGUGGGAAUAUCGGUACGAAAUCGAUUUUUGGGGCUGAGAAAAAAGAUAAAUGAAAUGCGCAGACAUCAGCCAUUUCCGGCGUCUUUCCAAGAUAAUUCAUGCAGCUUAGCCUCUGACACACGAAGAUCGUUGUCGGUAUUCGUUUGCCAAAUUAUUCGAAUGGUUACAGCAAUGAAAGGCGACGCUGGUGAUAGCCGGAUAAUUUUGCGUGUUGUGCGGGACUCCUGGAUGUUUAUUAGAGGAAUUCUGCUUCAGUUCGGCUACUUGGGCGACGAUUCAUCGUAUCGCAGUAUGGAUCACGAUCAGCGUUAUGUGGACAACAACACCCACAGGAUACGAUAUCAUGCACAUUUGGAAAUGAUCACCUUGGCGGUGUUAUAUGUCAGCGAAAUCCAACGAAAUUUUCCGUAUGAAAUCAUGCAGCUGGACAGGGACGUCAUUUGCGCAGAAAAUGUGGAAAAUCCUACCAGUCUUCCGGCUGAUAUUGUCGGUUUUUCUUUUCGAAAUAUCGUAGGCCUGGCCGCUGAACGUUUUUCUCAGUUUUCUGCUUCAAACUGGCUGCAGAAACUGAUGCUGCAACCGUACGUCUGCUCUUGUCCAUCCAACUGCAUUUUGAUACUUCAGCAGAUCAUUAGUCGCUGUCCUGGAAUGCAAGCGGGAGAAACGUGUUUACCGGAUACUAUCAGGAAAACGGUUGAGUCUUUCAAAAAACACUCUCCAAAAAACAGCCAGGAACUUCUCAGAAGUGAUGUGGUCGUUAUGCGCAGCUCACCAAAUGUCGCAGAUGAUGUGAAUGGCUUUGUGUUGUGGAUGUUAUACCACAUGGCCGAAGCAUCUCGAAGAAGUCAUCAGCCGAAUGGAAUUUUUGCCGCUAACAUGACUUUUGAUAAAUUCGUCGCUAAUAAGAUCGUGCAGCCUGCGCUUGCAAAUCUGGAACAUUCGUGGAACGAAUCCAGAGCUCGUUUUGUACUGGCUUGUAUUUAUCGUUUUCAGACGGUGGACAGUGCGCAGUUAGAAUCACUGGCAAUCCUGGCGGAUUUUUUCUUGAAGAAUAUUAAUAACAGUUUUUCAUUGGAGCCAGGUUCUAUAGACAGUAUUCAGGUGCUGCACAAGAAUGCCGCUGAAUGGGUUGCCAAGUGGGCGAGUUUUGGCCUAGCAGAAGCUGAUCCAGCCGUAAUUUCGCGGAAUGAGAGCAGCUUCGAAAUGUUUAUCAGGGUAUUAGUGUACGCCUUAACAAAAUCAUCAGAUUCCUGGAAACGCUUGAGGGGACGUUUCUUGUCGAAGUUUCAACCAAAGUAUUUUGAGAGUCUAACCGCAGCCGGAUGGAGUCGCUUUUUCGAUCUCAUAAUGGUGCUUGUUGGACGUAUCGGCAAUGUUGCUGACUUCUCGUCGCAGCUAAUUGAAGCCAUCGGCGAAAACACAUGGUGCGACAGACCUUCGGUGGAAAAAUCUGUAGUAAUCGGACGAGGACUUGCUGCGCUGACGCUCUUAUAUCAGAAUUCUUCGAUUGAUAACAUUCUAUUUGUACGGAAAUUGGCUUUGGAAUUUGAAAGAUUGUGUCGGCAUUUGAAAACCGUCCGUGUUGAUCCCGGAUUGAUCGGUUCACUGUGGUCCUGGAUUAUAAUGUAUUUCGAUGCCGUUGAAUGCCUAUUUUGCUGUAAACCGGAAAGCCUGGCUGCGGUCGCUCAUAUGGUGAAUAGUGGAUUCACUGACCUUUGUCAAGUCACUUUGGAUGAAACAAAGCAAGGAAAACUGUUUGCCACGAUACAGCUACUCUUUGACCUUUAUUCUCAGAUUUUUCCUAACUGGAAAUCCGAUUUGAAGUCUUCUGCGGCUCGCUAUCACCUGUCGUUCUUAAACUCCUUAUUCGCGAACAUACUGCCUGCUGUCCGGCGUAUGGCUACAGACCGUAAUCAGAAGUUGUGGGAGUCCAUUCCGAUAUGCGCUGUCCACUUAACCGUGUUCAGUGUAGAUGUUGCUCGGCAGAGUUCCAGCGACAGCACCAGCGGAUUGUUUCAAACUUUUGGUCUGGCGGACGAUGUCCACCCUGAUAUUACUGUGUAUUAUCUGGCGGAAAUUCUUUCGGUACCAGACGUAAUGGGAGUUCUAACUAAAGACCAGUGGACGUCACCAAAGAUCAUACACAGUUGGGUGCGCUGCGUUUUUGAAAUGGGAGAACAUAAUCAAGCAGUACUUCAGUUGUCUCAAAAAAUACAGUUGCUUCCGGAAACAGAAUUGCUUAUUUCGCCACCCUGUGCACCGGGGGACAUAUUCCGUCGGUUUAUCGAAGGAUGUGGAAACUCGUUUCGCCGUGCAACAGCAUAUGACACCAAAAUGGUAUGGCAGCGACAAUUCCAGAUAUAUUUCGCCGAUGUGGCUAAAUAUGUGGGAAGCACUUUACGAUCCGGUGCUUCGACGCAGUUGAUCUCGGCUACCAUCGGUACCGUUGCUCAGUUUCUGCUGCAUUGCGCGCCGUUUCUUUAUGUUCGUGCGAAAUUGAACAACACAUUCCGUCAGUUGGUGGACAUUGUUUUGCUUGGUGCUGAUCACGGGGCAGUUAUACAAGCUGUACAGCAGGAGUUUUCGUUUUAUUUUUCCGCAAUCUCUCAACUGAAUCUAAAAGAUGAUCCCCAGAUUGCCGAUUUGUUGCAAAGAAUUAUUCGGACAUACUUGACAAAGUUUUCCUUUGUGGCACUGGAACAGCAUCCUCUUUUGCUUGCGAUGCAGAAACCACCAGUUAAUCAAGAAAUUGUGUUGUUUUCCAUUAACAGCAUUUGUCGGGCAUUUUUCAAUGCCGUCACUCCGCCGCAGCACAUCUCUCUCGCAUUGAAUUUGAUUACAAAGCUUUUAUUGGCUUUUCCGGAAAGCGACAUGCAGCUUGAUGUGGCAAAUUGUGUGUUUUCCAACAGUCUCGAAAUGUACCUUAAGGGAAACGAAGCUGUUGCUCAAGGAUGCUUUUCGUUAAUCCAAAAAACAUUGAACUGGUUUGCAGCAAACCGCACGGAAACCACCAAAGUGUCGCUUACUCAAGUUGUAAGGAGCAAAUUUUUGGCGAAUGCUAAUACUCAACCUGGCAGUUUACUCACGAUUUUGGACUUAAUAGCACGAACUUAUCCUGAAUUAUUGUGCGAAAUUCUUCCGUUUUUGACACAAAUGUUCGCCAGAAGUUCGAAUUAUCCUGCUUACCAAACUGCCAAAGCACGACAGUCUUAUAUCUCUGUCUUGGAGAAACUGGGACCGCUUGGUGCUUCGGAGCUUGCAAAAUUAUCGUUCGUCAACCAGUAGGUCCUGGGCCGGAAGCCGUUCGUCGCAACAAGGUGAAAGUCAACAAGAGGUUGGACUAAACUGCAACUGGGAAACACACAACAACGGCUAACCAAAUCGCAGCUGGCGCUAAAGCUUUUAUUGUUGUCAAGCAUAGCAUGUGGUUUUACCUCUGUACAAUCGAUAUCUUUUUUUUAAGGUCGAUGUUUGCGUGGCGCCGAUGUAAGGUCAGUAAGGGCUCUGCUGAAAAAAGGCCGUGCUUAAAAUAAUACCUUACCAUUCUGGCGCUUAAAAAAAGAGAAACGAGAACAUUUUUCUGAGAUGCGAAUCAUGCGAAGAAAUGUUAGUGAACAGGAAAGCAAUGUUACUUGGAUUUCAUUUUCUUGUGGUUGUUUGUUGCACAAUGUCUAAAAUUGUUGAAAAAGAGCAGCAGAAGUCCCAUGCAGU